GUUUAUUUGAAAUUAUUUAUCCAUCUCCUUCCUCUUCCUUCUCUUCAUCGACAGUCGACACAGCGACCUCCAUUUCUGACCUCGACGACUCCAUCUCUUUCUACAGUCUCUUCUCUCUAUUUCCCAGCCGCCAUGGAAGCUUCUGCAGCUAUUUCUCGCAUAGGCCUUGCUGGCUUGGCUGUUAUGGGACAAAAUCUUGCCCUCAACAUUGCUGAGAAGGGCGUCCCCAUUUCCGUUUACAAUCGCACCACUUCCAAGGUCGACGAGACUGUAGAUCGCGCUCACAACGAAGGUAAUCUUCCUCUUUUUGGUCAGUACAAUCCUCGCGAUUUUGUUCUUUCUAUUCAGCGCCCUAGAUCGGUUAUCAUCCUCGUUAAGGCUGGCUUGCCCGUCGAUCAGACCAUUGCGGCUUUGUCUGACCACUUGGAGCCUGGUGAUGCUAUCAUUGACGGUGGCAAUGAGUGGUAUGAGAAUACUGAGCGUCGGAUUGCGCAGGCUUCUGAGCGGGGGAUUUUAUAUCUUGGGAUGGGGGUUUCUGGCGGCGAAGAUGGUGCUCGUAAUGGCCCUUCGUUAAUGCCCGGAGGGUCUUUUGAGGCUUAUUCUCAUGUUGAGGAUAUUCUGAAGAAGGUGGCUGCUCAAGUCGAUGAUGGUCCUUGCGUCACUUAUAUAGGUGAAGGGGGUUCGGGUAAUUUUGUUAAGAUGGUGCAUAAUGGUAUCGAAUAUGGUGAUAUGCAGCUGAUUUCGGAGGCCUACGACGUUUUAAAGCACGUUGGUGGGUUGUCCAAUUCUGAAUUGGCUGACAUUUUCUCUGAGUGGAACAGGGGGGAGCUGGAGAGCUUUCUAAUUGAGAUAUCAGCAGAUAUCUUUAAAGUUAAGGAUGAACAUGGUGAUGGGGAAUUGGUUGAUAAGAUUUUGGACAAGACUGGGAUGAAGGGAACUGGGAAAUGGACUGUGCAGCAAGCUGCUGAGCUUUCUAUUGCGGCGCCGACAAUUGCAGCGUCUUUGGAUUGUAGAUACUUGAGUGGAUUGAAGGAGGAGAGGGAAAGUGCAGCUGAGGCGUUGAAAGAAGCAGGAUUGAAUGAUGGCGUGGGGUCAGUGAGGAGUGGGAUUGAUAAGAAGAAGUUGAUUGAAGAUGUCAGACAGGCUUUGUAUGCCUCCAAGAUUUGCAGCUAUGCUCAGGGGAUGAACCUGCUGAGGGCCAAGAGCAUGGAGAAGGGAUGGAACUUGAAUUUGGGAGAGUUGGCAAGGAUUUGGAAAGGUGGAUGCAUCAUAAGAGCUGUGUUCUUGGACAGGAUCAAGAAGGCAUAUCAGCGCAAUCCCAACCUUGCAAGCUUGCUGGUGGAUCCUGAGUUUGCCAGAGAGAUGGUGCAGAGGCAGGCUGCUUGGAGGAGGGUGGUUGGGUUGGCGAUAUCGGCAGGGAUCAGUACGCCAGGGAUGUGCGCUAGCCUCGCCUAUUUUGACACAUACAGGCGCGCUAGGCUGCCUGCCAAUCUUGUGCAGGCGCAGAGAGACUUGUUCGGGGCUCAUACAUACGAGCGGGUGGAUCGCCCAGGCUCCUUCCACACAGAGUGGACAAAGCUCGCUCACAAGGCUGAAGCUAGUGUUGGCAUUCUCAACUGAGCUUGUGUGAUGCUGCCUUCCCAUUUGGUUGGUUUCCCUUCUCUGCUUCAAUAGUGUGCAAAUUUCCUACUUGAUUUUGCAUGCCUUUUCAAUUGUUGUAGUUGUUUUCUUGCUUGUAUCACAAUCUAGACAGUCAUCCAUGCUUCUUAGGGAGUAAGUAGAUAUUUUUUUACUGGCCUCAAGUACUUGCCAUGAAUAAGAACUAAUGAGGAAAAUAAACGAAAGAAAGAAGAAGAUGGAGCUGCAAGCAUGGCCAUUUGAGUUCUUUUCACAUCUCUUUGUAGUUCAUAAUGAUGAAUUUCCCUUUUGUUUAAUCAGAGUCUUUGAAACUGGAAUGAGAAUAAUUAUAAGUUCUGAUUUAGAGCUUGAGUCUGUUGAUUA